AUGGCUUCCAGACCCUCGGCUGCGCCUACGGGCCAUGCGGCAGUCUCCCCCGAGAUGAAGAAGCCCCAUAUGAUCUCGGUCGGGGGCUUCCGCAUCGCCACCCAGAAGCUCCCCAUUCUCAAAGCCGAACCGAUUGAGGAGAUGACAAAGAAGCUGGGCGUUGCACCACCGGAGAUGAUCUUUGGGGACAAUCAUGUUGCGAUUGAACACGAGAAAACGGGCUGGGGAAUCGACUUCAACGCAUUUGAUGCGCUGGACAGGGUGGACAAGACCGGGCAGUCUAUGCUCCAGGUCGCAUAUUCCAAGGAAUGGCAACAAAGCAGAGAGAAAACUCACGACGGGAUCAAGGAGGUUGUCAAGCCGUUCGACUGGUCCUACAGCACCGAUUACAAGGGCACACUCAGUCCCAAUGCGCCACCAUUCGAAGCGACCGAGAAGCCGAUUCCUAUCGAAUUGCUGAAGCGCCCGGACCCUAUCCUAUUCUUCGACGAAGUCGUACUAUAUGAAGACGAGCUGGCCGAUAAUGGCAUUGCAAUGUUGUCGUGCAAGAUUCGUGUGAUGCCAGGCAGACUUCUUCUACUUUCGAGGUUUUUCAUGCGCCUAGACAAUGUCUUGAUCCGGCUUCGUGAUACCCGCGUGUAUGUUGAUUUCGAGACUCGUGAGGUGAUCCGGGAAUACCAAUCCAAGGAAUGCGAAUAUGAGAAAGUUCGACAGAUCCUAGCAGGUACUCGCGAUGACAUUCCCGCCUUGAUGAGAGAUCCAAACCGGCUGUCUGAGAUCUUACCUAUUGUGGAAAAGCACUCCGAACGAGUGGUCCUUGGUAGUUGA